AAAGUAGUGAUAAUAAUAGAGAAGAUAUAAUUCAUUUAGAUCAAAUUUUAAAUCUUGAUAUACCAGAGAUCUUGAAAGAUCUUGAUGAACUUAUUGAAGAUUUAAAUAUAGAUUUAGAAGAAGAAACUAAUGAUGAUAAUGAUGUUAAAAAUGAUACUAUAGAAGCAAAUAGUGCAGGAAAAGAUUGGGACUCUAAUUUAGUAGUUGAAGCUUAUUUAUAG